AUGCGUCUCUCCACCCUCUUCCUCUCGCUCGUUAGCGUUGCUUCUACGGUUGUCUCUGCGGCCCCCAAGAAGGCAGAACAACCUACCUUCUCUCGCAACGUGAUCUUUUCACCGCCCAGAAACGCAAACUGGACUGACCCUGGUGUGCUUUACGCCCGCAGUGCGCAGCUUCCUGACGGUUCGCUCCUUGCAACAUGGGAGAACUACUCGCCUGAGCCACCGAAGGUCUACUUUCCCAUCUUCAAGUCAACCGAUGGCGGAAAGUCCUGGAAGGAGUUCUCACGCGUCCAAGAUACGCAAAAUGGCUUCGGUCUGCGAUACCAGCCAUUUAUCUACGUGCUGCCUGAGAAGAUUGGUGGCUACAAGGCCGGUACCGUUCUAGUCUCUGGAUCAUCCAUUCCCACCGACCUCUCUACAACUGAGAUCGUUCUCUACGCGUCCAAGGAUAGCGGCAAGACUUGGGAGUUUGUCUCCUCGAUCGCAGCUGGUGGUGAAGCUCGCCCCAACAAUGGCCUGACUCCUGUCUGGGAGCCUUUCCUGAUGAUGAACAAGAAGACUCUUAUCUGCUACUACUCCGACCAGCGCGACAACGCCACCUACGGUCAGAAGAUGGUUCACCAGACCACUACCGACCUCAAGAAGUGGGGCCCAGUCAUCGACGACGUUGCUUACCCUACUUACGCUGACCGCCCGGGAAUGCCUACUAUCGCCAAGCUGCCUAACGGAAAGUACAUCAUGACAUACGAAUACGGUGGCGGACCCGCUAUCACAACCUCGUACCAGUUCCCUGUCUAUUACAAGAUCGUCUCCGACCCCGAGAAGUUCGGCGAGGCUACCGGUAUCAGCCUGAAGUCUACCGAUGGCACCAUCCCCACUGGUUCACCAUACGUCGUCUGGAGCCCUGUUGGUGGCAAGAACGGAACCAUCAUUGCCAGCGCGCACAGCGGGACCAACGCUUCUGGCUCAGAGGUUUACAUCAACAAGGGUCUUGGUCAGGGUCCUUGGAUCAAGGUCAACACCCCUGAGGGAAGUUCAUACACCAGGCAUCUUCGCGUUCUCAAGGAUCAGUCGAAGUUGUUGAUCAUGGGUGGUGGACAGCUGCCACCAAGCAACACUAACUCCAUCACCGUCACUGUUGUUGACAUCAGCAAGUGGUAG